AUGGCUCAACGCAUCGUGUCAAAGUUCAAAAGACGCUCCAAGAAGGCUACCAGCGACAUCUAUAUACCACUCGAUGCCAAAUCGCGUACGAUUCGUCUGCUGCAUCUCCAACCCGGCACCUGGGAAGAUGAUAUCUGUGCGGAGCUCCAAGUAGCUUCCAUUGCACGGGUUCGAAGGCGUUAUAUCACCAUCUCGUACACGUGGGGUGAGGAAGGUGUCGCCCGUCCAGUACUGAUAACAUGCAAUGGAAAAUCUGUUCCGAUCUCUCGGAAUCUAUUCACGGCUCUGCGCAAACUUCGACGGCCUGACCAUACAGUUCUGCUCUGGGCUGAUGCUCUAUGUAUAAACCAAGCAGAUUCUCUGGAGCGCACUCAACAGGUGGGCAUGAUGGGUGAGAUAUACAGCAACAGUCGCGAGACGGUCAUUUGGCUAGGCGAACCAAUGCCAAAUGAGGAAUUCACAGCCUGCUUCUCGAACGAUCCUACUUCUAAAAUAACAUGGAGAGGUGAUUCAAACGAUAAUCUGCUACGGAGUUCAUUCAUCCUCGCUUUCGAGCGCUCGUGCACAGCAGAGCAGUCGGCUGCUUCUGCAGUGUCUUCGUUCAUGCGUCCAGUGCCGGACGUCUUUGGUGCGUUUUGUUUGAUUCAAGAUUUUGCCGAGGAUACUUCUUAUCCUUUGCUCGAAUUACUAGAUCGUAACAAAACCACUAUAUUGGAUCAGAUUGAACAUCCCAGGAGGCAUGCAUUCACAGUCACAAACGACCAUUGGCGUCAACUGCUGUCUCUUAGGGUAUGGGAAGGUCUCACAAAGUUGAUGGGCGUGGCUUGGUGGCAGCGAAUCUGGGUGAUUCAAGAGACUGUACUCUCAAGGAAUGCCACAGUACAUUACGGCCCGCUUUCAGCACCAUGGUCAAUGUUCGCUAGAGCAGCUAUGAAUUAUGUCCAACAGCGUCACACGCUAUGCCUGGACUUAGCUGGGACACGCUAUGGCCAAGACACCUUGGAUCGAUUCAGCGGUUUCGUGCUUCGCAUCGAGGAAACAAGGCUUUGUCAUCGUAGUAACUUAGACAACAUGACGUUGUUGGAUCUAUUAUGGAAGUUUAGGCCUCUAGAAGCGACCGACAAACGAGAUAAAAUUUUCGCUCUUCUUGGACUGACCACAGAUUGGCAAGAAUUACCAGCUCUAGUUCCUCAUUACAACAACGAUGCUGCGACAACGUUUACUCAGACUACGUUGAGUAACUUGCUAAGAGCAGGUUCACUAUCAGUUCUCGCAGGAGAUCUUGAAGCUGUUCUUAAUCGAAAAAGACUGGAAGGCCUCCCAUCCUGGGUGAUGGACUGGUCACUCCCAUGCCUCCGAACUGAGAUAGAAAGAGUUGGAUCCCUGCACUUGUACAACGCCAGCGACAAACAUGGAGGCACUUUCCUUUACCGCCCAGAGAAUCACGUGCUGGAAGUCGAUGCUCUGUACAUUGAUCACGUCUCCACUGUUGGCGAAGUUAGCCGACAUACACAGAUCAACGACACAUGCGCCGUGAUACGUAGAUGGAAGUUGCUUACCAAACCCUUCGAACCAGUCGAUAAAAUAUAUCCUACUGGAGAGCAUUGCGAAGAUGUUUUCUGGCGAACAUUGAUUGGAGACUUAAUAUAUAUGGGCACUGCUGUCAAUGCUCAGGGGACGAAAAGCUCUUACCGUCGAGCUACAAGUGACGACUAUGACGCAUAUGAAUCAUGGAGGCAAUGGGCUCGUUGUAUCUCGCGAGACACUAUCGAUCGCACGGCGCCCUUCAAUCUCGACGAAGAAACAUCUGGAAUCCACCACGCCCUCAAAACUGUGACAGCCUCCCGGCGCUUCUUUCUCACAAGCACCGGAUACAUGGGCAUAGGUCCAAGAACGACUGUUGAAGGUGACAGAGUGUACGUGUUUAAGGGCAGCAAAGUUCCAUUCAUAGUCCGAGGAGGUGGACUGAUAGGAGAUAGUGAUGGAUUCUCCUCCGAUCAUGCUGAUACAUCUGUGAAAGAUGGUUCUCGGUUGAUAGGUGACUGUUUUGUUUACGGGUUGAUGGACGGCGAGGCUUCCACCCAAGAAUUCGUGCGCAGUGUAAAGCUCAAUCUAAUCUGA